UAUGCCCCUCUAUCUAGUUUCUACUCAAUGACAAUGUAGUUGUGACUAUAUGCUUUAUAAAAUGUAUGAAGUAGGAGAUUGUUACAAUUAGGUUAUAUUUAAAGUACCUAUCUUUCAAAUAAAUGAUGAUACAUUAUAAUUAAUUGCAGUAGUAGUUAUUUAAUAUUGUGACAGAUGUAAUUAUAAUAUGCGACAAUGAAAAAACUCAACGAAUUAUUCACGAUUUGUUUCUUGUUGCAUUAUUUCUACAGCGUUUGUAUAACUCAUUUGCUCAUAAAUGUAAAAAAUCAGGGUGGUGAUAUUUUGUUAGAAACAAUUUCUUCUAAUGUUACUGAAGAUGUUAUUACCCUAGAAUUUCAAUGUUCAGAUGGUACAUUGGUAACACAACUUAUUGAUUUCAAAAAUGAAGUGCAAAUAAUAAAAGCCUUAGUUUUGGGUGAAGAAGAACGAGGUCAAAAUCAGUAUCAAGUUUUGUGCUUUGUUAAUCAUUUUUUUAAAGUGGAUUUUAUAUCUUCUGAUGCAAUGUCUAAACUAAGGCAAAAAAAUCCAGGCACUGUACGUGUUGCAGAGGAAGAUAAGGGUCAUGUAAAUUAUACUAUGGAUUUAUUCUUAGAUGUAUCUGAAUCUAAAGAUAUCUCUAAGCAUAUUGCAACUCUUUGUGGAGAAGCAGCUGGAUCUGCUUAUACUAGAAAUGAAGAUAUAAAACAGUGGAUUCAAAGACCUGGCUCAUCUGAACUUUCAUUGAUGGCAGCUGUGUAUAACUUCAGCACAAAUUCUUUGACACAACAAGGUACAAAUGAUUCAAUCUUAUUUGUAACAAGAUGUGCAGAUACAUCAAAUAUGUGGGCACCUUGUACAUGUUCAUUAGAGUUAUGUAUUGGAUGGUAUCCAUGUGGUUUAAAAUUUUGCAAAGGCAAAAGUGAUGGUAAAAAAGCAGCUACUCCAUAUAAAUGUGGCAUUAAAACGUGUAAAAAGUGUUUUAUAUUCUCAUAUUAUUCUAAGAUGAAGCAGAAUUGUUUAUGGGAUGAAUGACAUAUAAGAACACUGUAGAUAUAUAGAUCUGCUCUGUUUAUUGAUGAAGUUUCUGAUGUCAUGCCAUCAUAUUAGUCCUCCAUUUGUAGUAAAUAUUAAUAUGAGAUGAACAAAAACAAUUUAAAUAGACAAGUAUUAAUAUUAUAUUUGCAGAACUUGUCAAUGUCAUUGAUGUGCUUUUAAAGUGCCAGUGUUUUUCUAUACAGAUGCACGAUAAGUAUCAGCGAUUCCAUUAAUUAUGAAAACAGAGUGAGAAAAAUCCUUGGUACAUGUAUUAGAAUGUCAACAGACUCGUUUUAGAUAGAUUCUUACUUUUAUAGAUUGUACUGAAUGGAUGCAUUUGUAACACUAAUAUUUGUAUUUUAUUAGGAUAACGAAUUAAGAAUUUUAUAAAAAAAUAAAAUAUAAAAAAUAA